GCGCGUGGAGUACAGACGCGGUAGCAUUCGUUGUUUGACUUGUUUCGUUUUGGCGUUUCUCUCUCUCUCUCUCUCUCUCUCUCUCACUCGACCUUUCGAUUUCCGAUCGCAAAUCUCCGAUCUCCGGCUUGGACUAUCUGUUUCCCCCCGGCGAUGAAGAAAAGCCUUGACGUUUUCGAUUUCAACGAAGAGGACGAGCUCGCCGAGUCCGCUUCUGGAAAGCUGUUGGAAAAAUUCACAAACCCUAGCUCCUCCAUUUCUCCGGUUCUUCAACGCCAACGAGUCCAAAGCGUUUGCCAAGACAAAUCUGCUCAGAAAGAAGACGCAAGCUGCGCAGAGGCUGCUACUGCUAUAGUCGAUGGUCACUGUGAAGAUGCUCCUGCUUUAGCAACAGAAGCUGAGGAGUCAACUAGAGAUGCAGAUCAUGUUAAUCCUGGAUUGGCGUUUGGUUUGAGUAACGAUGACCGUGCGAAAGAAGUAGAUGUAGAUCAUGAUGAUAAUCAUGGAUUGAUGUUUGGUUUGAAUACUGAAGACCAUGUUAAAGAAACAGAUGUAGAUCAUGGACUGGGAAGCUUCUCUUGCCAGCCAAGCGCAAAAAGUUUCUACGCCGAAACUUCGGCAUAUAGUCAACCCCAGAUUGACUCGCCCCUUUCGGAUUCUUCGUCCAGUGAGGAGCAAACUGAUAUGAUGUCAGCUAUUGAUGAAAGCUUGAGUGAUCGAUCCGCAUUGAGUGACGCUUCUGAUUCGGAAGGUGAUGAAGAUGCGCUGGAAGAUUGGGUGGCUGAACGUUGCUUGGAUGAUAUUGAAAAGAUCGACAGAAGCACGACUGUUAUCAUGAUUCCAGAGUAUGUUGUACUUAAGGAUAUGCCUUGUGCUGCAUCUCUGGUAAUCUUUUCAUGCAAUGGCAUCAAAAUAAAGAGUUACCUUGAAAAUAAUGAAGACGGGCCAAAAUGUGAAUUUGGAGUUGAAGACAUAGUUAGUAUUCAGUACAAUUGGUACCAAAAUGUUGGACUGAUCAUUCUCAGAAUUCGAGUUCUAUUAAAGGAUGAAAAAUGCCAGGAAGAUAUGCAACAGACCACAGAUAUUGAGGAGUUAAAGUUUGCAGUUAAAGAACACAAUUGGCCUGAGAAACAACGACAAAUCAACUCGUUGCAUGUGAAAUACCCGGCUGUAUGGAGUGCUGACCUCGAUGAUGAGGUGGAAGUAUCAGGGGAAAACUUGCAUCAACAGAAGCGUUAUUUUCCACGCUUUGAUGAACCAUUUGAGGAAGUUAUCUAUCCAAAGGGAGAUCCAGAUGCUGUUUCCAUUUGCAAAAGGGAUGUUGAGCUCUUGCAGCCAGAGACAUUUGUAAAUGACACAAUCAUUGACUUCUAUAUUAAUUAUUUGAAGAAUCAAAUUCAAGCGGAGGAAAGACAGAGACUCCAUUUCUUCAACAGCUUUUUCUUCCGUAAACUUGCUGAUCUCGACAAAGAUCCAUCGAGCAUAGCUGAUGGAAAGGCUGCUUUUCUACGUGUUCGGAAAUGGACAAGGAAGGUGGACAUGUUUGGGAAGGACUACAUUUUUGUGCCGGUGAACUUCAAUCUUCACUGGAGUUUGAUAAUCAUAUGUCAUCCUGGUGAAGUGGCUAACUGUACAGACUUAGACUUCGAUGACUCCACAAAAGUACCAUGCAUAUUACAUAUGGAUUCUAUAAAAGGGAGUCAUGCAGGGCUUAAGAAUCUAGUCCAAAGUUACUUGUGCGAGGAAUGGAAGGAGAGGCAUAAGGAGACAUCAGAUGAUAUUUCUUCCAGAUUCAUGGAUUUGCGUUUUGUUUCACUUGAGCUGCCACAGCAAGAAAACUCAUAUGACUGUGGCCUCUUUCUGCUGCACUAUCUGGAGCUAUUUCUUGCUGAAGCUCCCAAGAAUUUUAGUCCUUUCAAGAUAUAUAAUGCUUCCAACUUUCUCUAUUUGAACUGGUUCCCUCCUGCCGAGGCCUCAUUGAAGCGUACUCUAAUUGAGAAGUUAAUCUUCGAACUCCUUGAAAACCGUUCACGGGAAGUUAAUAGUGAACAGAACCAGUCGUGCGAAAGUCCAGUGGCCCUUAAUAACAACGCGGGAAUCGAGGUUCUCUCUGGGAGAGGGGGUGUAGACUGUAACGGGAGUAUGACACAGUUGCAAGACGAUCAAGGAAUUGAAAUGACUUUGCUUGAAAGAUCUUCCAUGAAGAACAUGCAAGCUGUUAAUGAUUCCGGUAUGGUUCUGAGGGAUUUAUUCGAUUCAGGAGCCAACAACACAGGAUCAUUACUUGGACAACUACAACAAACAUUCGAGGAACCAUCUUCAUUUUAUCAUCUGGGUAACAGCUCAUUGGCAUCAGAGCAAGUAGAUAUGGAGACUGGUGAACAGUUUAUGUGUCUGAACUCUGGAGAGAGCAACUUUCAACGCAUCACUGGAACUGCACCUCCGAGAGAAUCUUCCUGGAACCUAAGUAUGAUGCCGGUGCAGAAGGAAAGUGAAGCUGAUUCGUUAUCUGAAACCUCAAAAAGUAGUUCUAGUGACUCGGAAGAUAUUUGUAUCAUUGAGGACUUCCCAAUCCCAGUGGAAAACUUUUAUGAAGAAGAAACCGAUGAGAGUCCACCAAGAGAGGCGGUCUCUUUAUUUUCUGUAGCCCUGGGUCCUAGCACUGACCACACCACCGAGAAUGAAGAGCUCGCAUCUACUCAGGACGAGCUUGUGGUUGUGUCGAGUCAAGAUGACAGAGACGAGCUGAAGCAAUUGGAGAAUGAAGAUCUUGGAAUUGGGGACAAGACGAGUGGUGAUAUCGGAAUAGAGCUCAAAACGAAUGAAGAUCUUGAAACUAAGGACAAGUCGAGUGAUGCUCUUAGAAUUGGGGAAAAGAUGAGUGAUGAUCUUGGAACUGAGGACAAGCCGAGUGAUGAUCUUGGGAUAGUGGACAAGUCGAAUGAUGAUCGUGGAAUUGGGGACAAGACGAUUGAACAUCUUGGAACUGAGGACAAGGCGAGUGAAGAACUUGAAGUUAAUGAAAAGAUGAGUGAAAAAGAUCUUGGAAUUGAGGAGAAGCCGAUUGAAGAUCUUGGAACUGAGGUCAAGGCGAGUGAAGAUGUUGGGGAUGACUGUGAUCAGAAGGAGGAAGAGCCAGUGGAGGAAGAAGAUGAGAAGCGAGCUGCGAAACGGCCAAGGCUAUCUUCCACAGACGAAGCUGAGGAGAUGGAGGAAUAGUGACUGUGAUAUGUAUAACUUGUCUUUAGGGUCUUUGAAGGUUAGACUUUGGAGGAUUUAUCAUUAACUCAAGUUGUUUUGGGAAAUGUUUAUAUCGUUUUAGGAAACAAAAAUGUCUUUCUUCGGUUUUUUUUUCAAGUUAUAUCGAGUAACGUUAACAUAUUUAUAUAAAAUAGACGUAUGUAACGAAUCUUGAAUGAAAAUGUAAUCUUCCGACUCGAA